AUGUGCAACACUCAGAGGCCUCUGUACCCCCGAGGUGCUGGCUCAGUCCCACCAGCAGCCAGGGACAGCCCGGCUCUGGCGGACGGCGGUGCGGGAGCCCUGCUGGCACUGUGCGGGGGUGCGGGGACAGCCCGGCCCUCCCUGGGCAGCAGGGCCCGGGGAAGGGAGCCACGCGUGGGACACGGCACAUUCCUGCUGCGGAUGGGAGGGGAGCAGCGUGGAGCCCAGGGGGGUCGAGUGGGAUGGACAGGGCACGUAGGGCUGGGGUGGAAAGCGAUGGGGCAGAGCAGGGAGGGCACAGCUGUCCUGCCAUCCCUGGGGCCUGAUGGCAUUGCCGGGGUGGCACCUGCACAGGGACAUGGCAAAGGUGUCCCUUCUCUCCACAGGGACACUGCAAAGGUCUCCCUUCUCCCCUGGCAGUGCUGCUCGUGGGUGACGGGACCUCCACCACCUGCCCCUGGGCAGUGUCCCCCGUGGCUCCGUGCACUGUCCCCCUCCUGGCAGCCACGGGAGAAGAAAAGCUCAGGCCCGGUGCCACAGGGGACACUGGCCUGGGUCAUUCCCUGCCUGAACCCCUGGUGCUGCCCAGCACAGCUCACCUGCAGGGGAGGCAGGUGGCACACGGGGCUGGGCACGCUGGCAGUGCAUUGCCGUGGCAGUUACGGGUGUGCAGUGCUCUGUGGGGAGGCUGGAGGAGGCAGUCUCAGCAUGACAGGGCUGCUCCAGGGUGACAGAGCUGUCCUAACUCCGGGCCUGCUGUUGUGCCCAGUCCUUCCCAGCAAGUGCCCAAAAGCUGCUCUUCCUCUGAGCAGCUCUUUGUCUCCACCACCUCAGUCUGACAAAUCAGCAGGACAUUUCCCACCACAAUCACCCUCCCCAAGAAGGAAACAAGCACAAAAACGUCAGCCCAGCACCUUGGGCUGAGAUGCUCAGACCCAAAAACAGCCCGAGAGGCAGAAGGGUCCAUCCCUUGCACACCUAGAGCCAUCAAUGGUUCCCAAACACCGCAAAGCUCCAAGAUACCAGGUGUGCUCAUGGCCUUGGCCCCUGACUUCUGAGCAGCGUGGGACAGUCCCUGAGGAGCACGAGCUUGCAAGGAGGAGACUGGAAGCUAUCGGAAUCCCUCGGGAUGGGAACGCCAGUGCCAGUGGCCCAGGCACAGCAGGAGCACCUCGGGAUGAGCUGUGACCCCCAGGGCAGACUGCUGGCCCCUGCUCGCAUCUUCUACUGAGACAGAGAGCAGACAAUGGGGCACGGGGCUCUCCAGAGCCCUCUGCCCCUCCUGGCACCCCCUGCUGCAGUCCUUCCAUGUCUCACCUGCCCCAGCCUGUCCCCAGCACCUCCUCACGACUCUCUGGCACUCAGAGCAGGGGACAGGCUGGUCCCAGCUCAGCCUCAGGGGCUGCAGCCCCCCCUCCCCAGCCCUGCCCAGCACAGCCAGGCUCCAGGGACCUUCCCUCUGCGCCCUGCUCCAGGCUGGGUUGGGUGUUUGGAUGGAAGGAGGGAUGCUCUGGGGAGACAGAAAUCCUUGCUCUGGGAAGCACAUCAAGAGGGUCACGCUGUACAGGGGAGAGGAGGGAGGGGCGAGCAGGGGGGCGUUACUUGGUGCCCUCGUCCGGGUUGCCUUCGCCGUCCGUCUUCCCUUCCUCCUCCGUCUUCUGGUCGUCUGUGUUGAGCCUCUGCUGCUUUUUCCGGCGCACGCAUUUCACCACCAUCAGCACCAGGAUCACCACGGCCAAGAAGCCGCCCACAGAGGCGCCCACGAUGACGGCCACCGUCGAGUCGUGCUUCGGGGGCUCUGGGGACACAUGGCAGGAGCUCAGGGCACACAGUGUCCAGCGGGAAUGGCUGGGAACGGGCAGGGCUCUGGGAGCAAACCCUGCACCCGUGGGUGCCCUGCAGCACAGGGGACCACUGACCUUUGGUGAGCACCUUCAGGCUGAUCUUGCCGUGGCCCCGGUGCCGGUCUGGGGGGUUCAGGACGUAGCAGUUGUAGGUGCCCUCGUCCUCCAGCUGCACGUUUUUGAGGGUGAAGGACACGUCGUACUUGGCGGGGUUGCCGGUGAACUCCACGCGGUUCCCGAAGCGGUCCAGCUGCUUGUUCAUGAUCUUCGUACGGAACUGCAGGAACUGGGCAGCCGUGGGGACAGCAGGCUGUCUCCUUGGGGAAAAGCAGCCCAUCAGGAGCUCCAGGACAGCACUUCAAAGGAGCGAUGCGUGCCCGGCUGCGAUCGAUGCGGCCGCCGAGCUGCUGACACAACGCUGCUGCUGCGGGGCCAGGCAGCAGGCACGGACCGCGGCCCCCAGCACAGCCACCAGCCCAGGGACAGCCACAGGAACAGCCACAGCACCCCUGCCAGCACCCAAAGGACAGCCACAAGCCAGCCCAGCCCACCCACCAGCACCUUCCCAGCCCUGUCCCCACGCCAGCCCGCUCCUCUGCCUGACAUGCAAAGGGCUUUGUGCUCAGCCCCCAGCGAGCAGCAUGCAGGGCAUUUUUAGGAGAAGAUGCAGUGGCACCAUACCCCCCACCCUGCCCGAAAGCAGGUCACCCUGGCUGGUGGCUCUCUGCAAGGUGCACGCCAGAUCACCUCCGUCCCCAUCCCUGCGGCACGGCGCUUCCCGGGGCUGGGACACGGGCAGGGGGCUCCUGGCCAGGGACACGGGUGUCUCCCCACCUCGGCACAUGCAAGGGGGCUCAAGCCGACACUUACCCAGCGAGAGGAGCAAGGUGAGGCCAGUGAGGAACAAGGUGGGCUGCGGGAGCCAGGCUUCCAGGCUCAUUUUGACGGACUUUUGUGUGUGGAGAGGACGUGGUGUUGGUGUGGAUUGUGGAGGUGGUGGAGGUGUUUUUUCGAACGCCCGGGUUAUUUGCAGGUGACAUAGAACAUAAGAGCCGCUUUCUCCCCACAGCCCAAUAUGGCUGGAGCGGUGCUGGGGCGAAAAAAAGCAGUAAAUGCUGUGGUUGGUGGAUUGCAGCCGCCGGAGUGGGAGGGCGGAAAAAUUUUCCCCUGAACUGCAGGCGACAGCUCCUGGCACUGCCGGCUCCCUGCUCUGAGCAGGGGCUGUGGCACACGGUGGGUGCCCGCGGCCCCCGCAGCCCCCCGGGUGCAGUGGGGACGUGCAGGUGUGUCCCCUGUGCCCUGCUGGAGGCUGGCGGCCAGCCCCGCUCACACCGCCCGCAGCAGCAGUUCCCGUUCUGGAGAGCCCAGCGGGGCCCAGGAGCGUUGGAAAUGCCCUCCUGGAGCCGGGUAGGGAGCAGAGGGGCUGCUCCGGGCUGGGGAGAGCAGAGGGGCCCGAGGCGCCCAGCCGGGAUGCCCCAGGUAGGCUGCAGCAGGUGGAGGUGCUCCCGGUCACCUGCGCGCUCCCGGACAGCUCCGUCGCUUCCCAGGGCUGCCAGACUCUGCUGGAGGCUCCUUCCCCUUCUCCAGCAGCACCUCCUCCCAGGAUAACAGUUCUCCUCACCCAGCCCUUGGGACGGGGAGCCUCUGCCCAGCAGUAACAGGGCUGGCGAAAGUCUUUGGUCCCCUUCGCACCAUCAGUCAAGGAAGCCUUUUGGCCCUGGGCUCCAAACCUGGAUUCAGGCUGCAGAAAUGGGUGCAGGAAAGACAAGAAGACCUCCUGGAGACCGGAGUGGCAGUGACAGAGCUGCUCAGGCCCCGGGACACGGGGUGGUGGCUUUUGCUGGGGCAGCAUCACUGGGGAGAGAGGAGAGGGAUGCCCCGGAGCCAGAGCACACCUUGGUUCCUGUGCAGCAGAGCCCUGGGGAGGCACGGAAAGGGCAGCAGGGAGGCAGGAGGGGUGCAGGGGGGCUCUGCUGCCUGACCAGAGUCCGGAGGGGAAGCAGGACAGCCGGGAGAGAAGGCACGGGACUGUCCCAGCAGCCCCGCUCAGCAAACCCUCACUGCACACACAGCCCUUUCCCACCCACCCUGGGCAGGCAAAGCCCGCUCUGCUCUGCUGCUACAGCUCCCACGACCCUACAAAGGCCCUGUGCGAGCCCCGACCCUCCCAAAUCCAGCUCCGGGGGCUGGUUCCUCCCGAAUCCCGUCCCGCGGCUGCCUGCGGGAAAAGAGAGCAGGGUGUCAACGAGAACCAAGGAGCGCAGCGCGGCGCUGCAGUCUCCCGGCAGCGGUGGGAGGUGGAGGGUCCCGGCUCCCUCCGCACCUGGAGGUGUCAAACAUCUAAAGAUAGAGCGCGACAGCGGGGAUAGCGCCCAGCACCCAGAGACACAGCGGGAGCAGCGCCAGCGCCGGCCCAGACGCUGCCCCGGCGGCCCGGGAGGGGUUGCCGGGCUCCCCCCGGCCAGCGCUGCGCGUCACCCGGCUGCUCACCCGUGGCCAGGGGACACACGUGGGGGACCCCACUGCCCGCGGGCUCUUGUCCUGAACCCCUCCGUCCCCAUCCUGCUGCCAAGGGACCCCUUUUUUGUCCCGUUUGGCUUUGUUCCCGCCUGGAGCCAGCGGGGCUGGUGGGUGCCCAUGCGAGGCUGCACAAGGGUGCAGGGGCUCCCAGGCCCUGGGCCAGGCAGACUUUGGCACACUUGGACGUCACACGCUUAGGCAGGAGGUAAAACGAAGAUAGGGUCAGGGAAGACUCCCUGAGUUUUAUUAUCUACAGAAAAAUAACGUGACGGCUCCUGCUGCAUCUCCCCCCUGGAGAUCCUUAUCCUGUGCCAGGAUCAAAGCUGGAGCGUGAGGCUGUGCCCACUGUGCCCCUCUCCAGAGACCAGGGGGCAAGGCCCAGGUGUCCCCUGGUUCCCUGCAGACAGCUGGGCUGGGCUGUGCCGCAGCAGUGCCCUGGCACGGAGCACACAGUGACGUGUCACCAGUUCUCAGUCCUCAGACGGACGAAGCUGUCUUGGACACUCCUGGACAAGGGGCUGCCAUCCCACAGCACAGCUAUUUCUCCCGCUCUGGAGCCCAGGGAAGUGCCUCCUGUGGCCUGCUGUGGGGUUCCUUGCUCUGCCCAUCCCCCUGUGUCCCCUCUGCCAUCCAUUCCGACGGGAUCGCCCUCUUGGCCAGCUGCACGUAGACGCCGUUGUCCCGGCAGUGAGAGGGGUGCUGCAGGGAGCAAGCGACAAGGUGUGAGCCUCACCACGGGUACCAGGGUGGGUUUGGAGGGGGCAGGGGGCACGGGAUGCUGGGGUCUGGCAUGGGGAGUGAGGCCCUGGAUGCCGUGACCCUGGUAACAGGGACAGCGAUGUGGGGGUCCCACCAUGCCUGCUGCAGCUCCUCACCAUGGUUAUGUACGUGUCCUCAGCUCUCCUUUUCUUCUUUGCUUCCUGCUCAGCCUUGGGUACCUCAGCUCCAGGGAUUGAGGAGUAAAUUGCUUCCUGCAAAGGGCAGAUCGGGGUGUUUGGAACCGAGCAGCCCCAAACAUGGAGGGGCUGCCUGACCCCAGUUACAGGGCAAGCAACAUGGUUGGAGCUGGCCAGCAAAUGGCCCCUCGUGCCUGGGCAGUGUGGGAUCCCCUCCUUCAGCCUCCCCAGCCCUGGGCCCACACACCCAACCCUAGUGAUCCCUCCAGCCUCAGCUCUCACCUCUGCUUUGUUGUUGCUGCUGCUCUUCCCCAUCCUCUCCAGGGCCGUGUUGGUUGCAAACCUCGAGGGAAGGCAGCAGCAGUGUCACCUCCGGCGAGAAGCAACAGCCGCUGCUCCUGUCCCUCCCUCCCUCCCUCUCCCGGGACACUGGCAUCCCUUUGCCCAUCCCUUUGUCUCUGCUGCCUGGGCACAGCCCAGGAGGUCUGGGAGCCGAGGGGACACCGGCCAGGGCAGGGUGACACUAGAUGGCAGCAGGAGGCUGCACCCCACACCUGCGGAGCUGAACCCUCGCACCCGAGAAGAGCCCGGCCAGGAACGCCACCACCACGGCCACGCAGCCACAGCCCACCACGGCCGGCCAGAACCCAGAGUCUCUCGGGGGCGCCGCAUCCUCGGCGUCUGCUGCUCCUCCUCCUGCCGGGGAGACACCAGGGCAGGGGAUGGCACCGCGGGCAGGUCCGGGAGCCUGCGGGCGGAGGGAGCAGCCCCGGGGCGCGGCACGCACCUCUGAGUACCGCGGGGCUGACGUGCAGCACCGUCCGGCUGCGGAAGACGCUGCUGUUCUGGAGCAGCCGGAGCUCGCACUCGUAGAUGCCGCUGUCGUUGACACGCGCGUCCUGCAGCCGGAUGGAGCCGUCCCAGCGGGACAUGUUCCCCUGCCACUGCACCCGGUUCUUGAAGCGGCCCACGGGGACGCCGUAGUUGCUGUAGUAAUAAAACACCAUCUCCUCCUGCCAGGGCA